GCAUUGGCCCGACAAAGUCCCGGACAGCCGGCGAGAGGUUUUGCGAUAGGGUUGAUCAAGAUAAGGGAUAACACACUGUUACCCGUUUAAAACUGGAUUAAGUCUACCGCAUAAGGAAUUUGUUCAGCUGCAAUGUUUCAAGAUUCAACCGCAGGAUCAUCCAUCCCUGUUCUGGUGCAGUAUUGGGUUUAAGAGCAAAGCUGAACUACGGGAUCCUCAGGCCCCAGGUCUUAAGUACCACUACAACAGGACAUGCUGGCUGCCAUGCUGCGGCAGAGUAGUAGUGGAGGAGGAGGAGGAGGAGGAGGAGGUGGUGGUGGUGGUGGUGGUGGAGGAACCAAGCUCUCCUUGGGUAUCCCCCGACUGCCCAAUUCCAGCGUAGGCUUGGUGGGCCAUGCCGGCGUGGGCCCCUGGGUGCUGGGCAGGGCCACCAAGAGCAGCUCCAUGAGCUCGGUCAGCUCUGGCUCGGACAGCACAGAUGUCCCCAGCUCAGACCCUGACUACAUCAUGCAGCUGGUGAACGACGUUCGCAAGUUUGCUGACGUUCUUUUACACCUCAAAGAAGUUUUCAACUCCAAAGAGCACCAGGACUGCCUUCAUCAGGCAGUACACGAGCGUCUUGGGGAGUUGCUGCGAGUCUUGAAGGCCAUUAUCAGCAAACACCAGAGCCUCAACUCAGUGGACAUUCUCAGCACGGCUGGAACCGUCAUCGCCAGGGUCAAAGGAGUGAACUUUAAGGAGGUGAAUGAAGAGAACAAACAGAAGCUUUUUAGCGAGAUCUACACUGCUAUUGACACUUUGGCAUUCACCUUUGGCAAUGUAGUGUCUGACUUCCUUAUGGGAGAUGUAGAGAAUGGUUCAGUGUUGGGGCUGCCCCUAACUAAGAGAAGCAGGUCUUUUGAGAACCUCUCUGUGGAAUCUGGAGGAUCUGGUCCAGAAAAAGAUGAUCCACCAGGGCCUUCUCCACCACUUCGGGUUGACGAGGUGGACGGGAUGCUGCAGAGGAGGGAUAGCGGGGUGGAGACAGCGCUGCUCUAUGCCAAGGCCUGGUCCAAAUACACCAAAGAGCUCCUGGCGUGGGUGGAGAAACGUCUCAGUAUGGAUAUCGAGUGUGCAAAGAGUUACACCAAAAUGGCCGAAUCUGCCAAAACGCUUGCAAGUCAACAGGAGUUUAUGCCUUUCCGUGAGAUCUACAUGUCGGCUUUCAGAAACGACAUUGAGUACAGCCAGGUGCUGCUUCACACUGCGGCCGCCCUCCAAAGCAACAAAUUCAUCCAGCCUCUCCAGGCCAGAAAGAAUGAGCUGGACAAACUGCGAAAAGAGGUCAAGGAACAGUGGCAGAGGGAGCAAAAGAAAAUGCAUGAUGCGGAAAAUGCCUUGAGGAAAGCUCGACUGCUGCAGGCCCAGCGGCAGGAGGAGUACGAGAAGGCCAAGGUGUCCACCAGCCGCCUGGAGGAGGAGCAGAUGGGUGGAGGAGGAGGAGCAGCAGCAGCCAAACAGCUGGAGAGGCGGCGCAGGCUGGAGGAGGAGGCCCUGCAGAAGGCCGAAGAGGCCAGGGAGCACUGCAAAGCCUGUCAGAUUGAUGUUGCAGAGAAGAGAAUGGACCUGGCCAACACCAAGAGUGAGAUUCUCACCCAACUGAGAGAGAUGAUCUUCCAAUGCGACCUCACCCUCAAGGCUGUGACAGUUAACUGGUUUCAGCUGCAGCAGGCCCAGGUUGUGUCUCUGCCUGUCAACCACCAGAGUCUGUGUGAGAACACCAAGCUGUACGAGCCAGGCCAGCGCUAUAUCGACUUUGUCAGGAGUUUGCCCGCUGACCGCCGCCGCAUCGAAUCCCAAUCUUUUGAUUCUGGCAUCACGCAAAACACAGGGAUACCUUUCACCAAGCGCUCGCUAAGCGGCAGCCUCUCAGCCCAUGGUAACCUGUCACAGGCAUCUGUGGCUUCUGACCUCCUCAGUGCAGAUGAGGCAGAUAGUCCCGUCCACACGCGACCUGGCAAGAUCUCAGAGAAGCGCUCCAACAGCAGCACGGACAUCCAAGCACUUAGGAUCCAGGGCCCCUUUCGCCCAUGGGCGUCAGGCACUCAAGGUGGGGGGAUGUGCAGUGAUUCAGAAAGUGCCGGAGGGAGCAGUGAGUCCCGAUCCAUGGACUCACCUACUGCCAGCCCAGGAGACUUCAAGAGAAGGUUACCCAGAACGCCCUCCACCGGCACCAUGUCAUCUGCAGACGACCUGGAUGAGAGAGAGCCUCCCUCACCCUCAGAUAAUGGUUUAAGCGAGAUGGUGAUAGAGACAGCCAGCUCUCCAGGACCCUUCAGAAACACUCAGAUGUCCAAGGCGGCCCAAACUCACAAGCUGCGGAAGCUGCGGGCUCCCUCCAAAUGCCGCGAGUGUGACGGUCUGGUGGUAUUUCAUGGAGCAGAGUGCGAGGAGUGUUCGUUGGCCUGUCAUAAGAAAUGUCUGGAGACCCUGGCCAUCCAGUGCGGUCAUAAAAAGCUCCAAGGGAGGCUACAUCUCUUUGGCAUUGACUUCACCCAGGCAGCUAAGAACAGUGCAGAUGGGAUCCCCUUUAUCAUAAGGAAGUGUACAUCCGAAAUCGAGAAUCGAGCGCUCAACAUUAAGGGUAUCUACCGAGUGAAUGGUGCCAAGUCACGGGUGGAGAAGUUGUGCCAGGCAUUUGAAAAUGGCAAGGAUCUGGUGGAGCUUUCUGACCUUUAUCCACACGACAUCAGCAAUGUCCUGAAACUCUACCUGAGACAGCUCCCAGAGCCACUCAUCCUGUUCCGCUAUUACAACGACUUCAUUGGUUUGGCCAAGGAGAGCCAAAGUAUCAUCGUGGAGGAAGUCGAGGCGUCACGGCUCAGUCCCACCCCCUUGACCCCAGCCCAGGUCAGCGUGGAGCUCAACAGAGUCCUGUUCAAGAUCAAGGACCUGCUGAGACAGCUCCCACUGGCUCAUUACAAGACCCUGCAGUUCCUCAUAGAGCAUCUGCACCGGGUGACAGAGAGGUCGGACGAGAAUAAGAUGACAGCCAGCAACCUGGGCAUCAUUUUUGGCCCGACGCUGAUCAAGCCGAGACAGACAGACGCCGAGGUCUCUCUUUCUUCCCUGGUGGAUUACCCUUACCAGGCCCUCAUUGUGGAGCUGCUGAUCAGACACUACCAGAUGAUCUUCGACACACCCCUCAGUCCACUGCCAGGCACCUCGCCCACGACGGUCGAUGGCCAGCCUGACACCCGAGUCACACAGGAGAAGGAGCGGCAGCUGAGCAGGCACUCAAAGUCCCUGGGAGACAUCAAGGAGCAGAGCUCUAAGGUGUAUAAGAGGCAUUCCUCCAUUAUUCCGUCUUCCCACAUACUGGCUGAGGUCCAGGAGACCAUGCCAAGCCUUGAUGGGAGGGACUUUGAACCUGCUGAAGACGUUGAUUCGGAGACCGUAAAUGGAGUUCUGUCUGCGAGUGUCCCUGAGGUCCAGCGGUCUGGCGAGAGAGGCCUCAGUCGCUCUCAUCACAUUACAGUCACCAGAGUCCAGCUCAGACACCCUCGCAGCAAACUCUCCUCCCGGCCAGCAAGCAUGCCUGCCGAACGGUUACUCAGCCGUGGCCAGGUGGACGAGAACAAUGCCCGAAACAGCACCGACCAAGACAAAGGGAAAGGGAGUGGCUGCGACCGGUCCAUUGAAGAGGUGUGUGAAGAUGAGAAAACUGUAUCGCGAGCGGGCAUACAUUACCGGAGUACGUUUAUUGACACCCAGACAUUACGCAGGACCUGGGACAAACAGUACAAGCAUUACGAUGUUGCCUCUAGGACUGUCAAGAUCGUGUCCAGUUCAACAGCUGAAGGCACAGCAGUGGAUUCCAGUAACUUAUCAGCCUCUGUGCCAGUGUCCACCUCCCUUGGAGGUAGCGGGGGCUCCAUCUACCCAAAUAGACCUUACACCAUUGCAGUGCGGCCCAGCAGGACUUUGAGAAGGGAAGACAACGUAAGCGAGUAUAGCCCUAUUACAACGGCUUUCAGGGCACCAAGGACUCUGCAGCCUCCCCCAGGAACUUUCUACAAACCCCCCUCAGGGAGCAAAGCUAAAGUGCUGGAUAACUGUGUGUUAGCAAACAGCGCUGAGGAGGAAGAUGAGGACGAGGAGGAUGAUGACGAGGAGGAAGAGGAGGAGGAGGAGGAGGAGGAGGAGGAGGAGCUGGGGAUUGAGAUUGAGGUUUCUGUAGAUGAGCCUCUUGAAGAGGACAUUGAGGCUGAGCAGGCAGCCAUGUCUCUGUCCAUGUCCCAGUCCUCCAGCUCCAGCCCAGAGGAGCUUGGCCAAAACCAAGCCAAGCCAGUGUACCAGAGACUACGGCCCAGACGCCUCCAAGAGGUGGAGCACCGAGAGGCUCAUUUUGUGUGAUCCUCUGGCACCCAGGGGCAACCACUGAGAGCCAUCACAUCUAAGACUUAAGUGCUCGAAUGUGAAUAGUUUGUGCCAUAUUGUAUUAAAGACACAAUAAAAAGUAUUUGCAUGGACUCUUCAAAGAAAAAGACCAGCGGAAGUGUUCUAUAUUAAUAUAUUCCCUGUCGUCUCACUGGAUGUCCCAUGAUUUUGGGCAUGGGGUGGAGAAGCAAUAUACCAUUGUUCCUCAAAAGAUGAACAGGAUGCACUUAGAAUGCUGUAUAUUUUUAAGUUGCUUCACCUCAUUGUCAAACCAAUAUUUCAUUUACCAAUCACUGAAUAUUCACUGGCAUCAGGUCAGAAUAUUUAUAAUUCUUUUUUCUAAGCUGUGCCAUAUCAUUUUAUUCAAAUAUUUUACAUGUUCACUUUGUAUGUAUGUCUAUAUACCAAAAAACUAUUACUUCAGUUGUUACAACUGUAUGUAGCCACUACAUUUAAAGAGUUUGCUGCACUUACCUGGCUUAAUUCUCUUCCACAAAUCUUUUCUGAAUUGUAUGUUUAUGCUGAAGCCAGAAUACUGUACACUGUUACAUUUAGGUUUUAUGUAAUCAUUUUGGUAAUAAGUUGUGUAUCAGGCAGUGUAAUCUCGUUUGUUACAUGCUAUAUUUGGCAAUGUUACAAAGCACCAGUUGCAGAGGGAAUGCAUCGACAUGUUUUUAUACUAUUGAACUCAAUGCUGUCAAUUUUAACUGAUCUGAAAAGCUUUUAGAAACGCCACUGGAUGCUAUCAUGGCAACAUCUUGCUUGUUUUAACAAGGAUAUAACCUAUAAAUGUCUUGAUAGCCAAAGCAGUUUUUUUUUUUCCUUUUCCAACAGAGGUAGUAUUAAUAACCUUAAUCUUACAUGUCCAUUAUAAAUAAUAGUGCAUCCUUUUAUUUAAAUGGUAUCUGUUUUUCAUGGUAAUCUGCAAGAUUGACAGAAUGUUUAAUUGUAUUAAGUUCAGUGUACAAAACAGGUACAUGAAAACAAACCUUUUUGUAACUUAUUAAAAUAUAUCUGACAACUUCCAACCAU